AUGGCAAGUAAUAGUCGCUUCACGGUCAAUCCGUUUCCAGACCUGGUUCUCACAGCCAAAGAUCAAUCUCACCUUAUUGCCAUUGCUGACAAGCUCGUGUUAGCGAAAUUACCAGAGUACCAAAAGCAUAUCAACAAUCAAAAAUUCGUCGAUCCAAUUCGAUGGAAAAAGUUGCAAGGGGAUGGUAACACCAUAAUGUACAUCGAGCGUAAGAAUGCGAGUCCCGAGAUGAAAUUGCCAACUAUGCUUAUGGUUGGUCCGCUUCCUGGAUCCCUUGAUGAAAACAUGUUUGGACUCGUAAGCCCAACGCUUGAAUCGAUGCGCAUUAAGUCAUCGUACCUUAAAGAUUUUAAUGCCGCUGCAGUAUUAGCGACGAUUGUUGAACCGAGUGUAGAGGAGCCGUUUCGUUCGCUUGUCGUCAAAUGGAUAGAAAUCGAUGUUCCGGGUGCGUCAAUUGGUUUUGUACACAAUCGUGACUACGUGUACCUCGAAAGUACAGGUAUCAUGCGUCUUGCGAACGGCGAACGUGUUGGAUACCACUUGCUACAUUCGGUGAAUUUCUCACAAACAUACGAACUGCCGCAUCGUGUGCGUGGGAACUUGUCGCUCUGUGGACUAUUUUAUGGAAAAAGACCUGAUCAAACCGAUUGCUAUGGCACUGGUAUUAUGGACCCCCGCGGUGAAUUGAUUCCAAUUUUGGGCAUCUUGGGCAUGGUUCAAGCAGCGAUGGCUGGACUCAAAUAUUCGUAUUGUGGUCAAAUGAAAAAGCUAGCAUGGUCACUGGAACAAAAGCAGACCGAAACAAAAGAACAAGCCAUUUCAAUGCUACAAUCCGAAUGUGUGACGUGCCAAAAGAACGUCAAAGGAUACAUUUUUGGGAAAUCUCAUAAGACGUGCAAGUUGUGCUUUGGUGUCUUGUGUGCUUCGUGUAAAAUUCCCAAGAAACUUAGUUUUAUUACUACAGACCUAAAAAUGGUGCAGCGCAAGGUGAUAUUCUGCACAAAGUGUCUGAUUCAAGCGACUCGCAUGGACUCGGAGGAAGCAGCAAGAAUGCAGUUUGUACACAGACGUCAAGUACGAUCAAGUGUCUACGGUACGUCGGAUUUAUCUUCCGUUGUGAGCUCGCGUCCGAAUAGCUUAAUGAGUCUGCAUGCACAGCAAGCCCAAUUCGCGUAA